AUGUCAGACGAAAUCGAACCUCAUAUAUUAAAAAGAUAUGAGAUAGUUAGAAAGAUAGGAAAAGGUGCUUAUGGAGUUGUAAUAUAUAUAUUGUAUUAGUUAAGGUAUGGAAAGCUAUAGACAAAAGAUUUAAGAAUACAUGUGUUGCAUUGAAAAAAAUAUUUGAUGCAUUUUAAAAUGCAACAGAUGCUCAACGAACAUUUAGGGAGAUUAUGUUCCUUUAUGAAUUGGAUCAUCAAAAUAUUAUUAAACUAUAUAAUGUUCAUAGAGCAGAAAACAAUAAAGAUAUCUAUUUAGUUUUUGAACAUAUGGAAACAGAUUUACAUGCUGUAAUACGAGCAGGUAUAUUAGAAGAAGUUCAUAAAUAAUACAUAAUAUAUCAAAUACUUAAGAGCAUUAAAUAUAUGCAUUCAGCAGAAUUAUUACAUAGAGAUUUAAAACCAUCAAAUAUUCUGUUAAAUAGUGAUUGUUCUGUUAAAGUUGCUGAUUUUGGUUUAGUAAGAUCAGUAGCAUGUCGAUAAGAUGCUCCUUCUCCAAUAUUAACAGAAUAUGUAGCAACUAGAUGGUACAGAGCUCCUGAGAUAUUAUUGGGAUCUCAUACAUAUACAAAAGGAGUAGAUAUGUGGAGUGUAGGUUGCAUUCUAGGUAUAAAUACUAUAUUAAUUAUAUAAAAGGGGAAUUGUUGACAGGAAAGCCAAUAUUUCCUGGCAAUUCAACAUUAAAUUAAUUAGAUCGUAUAUUACAAUUGACAGGUAAACCAUCUACUGAGGAUAUUGAAGCAAUACAAAGUCCUUUGGCUUCAACUAUGUUAGAAGCUAUUAAUCCACCAUAAGUGAAACCCAUUCAUUAAUUAUUUCCUACUGCAAGUGAUGAUGCCUUGGAUUUAAUGUAUCGUUUAUUAAAAUUUAAUCCAAACAAACGACUUACAGCUGAAAAGGCAUUAGCUCAUCCUUAUUUUUCAAAGUAAUAAAUAAUACAAUAUAAAUAGAUUUCAUAAUGAAAUAGAUGAGCCAUCAUCAGACAAAGUUAUCACAUUAGCUAUAGAUGAUAAUUAGAAGUUCUCAGCAAAUGAAUAUAGAGACAAAUUAUAUGAAGAAAUUGCUACUAGGAAAAGAUAUAGUAUUAGAAAUUAGGAAGAUUUAAAUUCUUAAUUACAUUCUCCUCCACCUAUAUCUGAUUCAAAUUAGAUAAGGGAUAGACCAUAAACUUAAGAAGUUAAAUCAUAAUAAUAAUAAUAAGAUAGUGCUAAAUUAUUAGAUUCUGCUAAGUAAUAAGAUUCAGCUAAAUGUUAUGAUUCUGGCAAAUAGGAUCCACUUAAAUAAAGGAAUUCAGGAAGAUCCAAUUCGAAAUAAUCAAAAUUUGUAUAAUCUGCAUUAAAUGGACUUAUCAAUCCUAGAUAAAGUUCUAAACCAACUAAAUAAUUCUUACAGACUUAACAAUAACCUAAUAAAACUUAUGCUCCUUCUUUUCCUAAUACAUCAUCUAUAACAAUUUAAAAGAAUGUCUCAUAUACUCAAACAGAACCAAAAGUAACAUCUCAGCAACUCUAUUAAUAAUAUUAUAAAUUAUUAAAUGCUGCCUAAGACAAACUUUCAGGUAAUUAAGAAUCUGCAUAAUCUUAAUAAAAGGUAAAAAAAGGACUAAGUGCCUUAUUUGGAUCAAAUUAAAGUUUGAUUAGAUAAUCUCAGAAUAAACAGAAAAAGUGAAC